GUUGUUUUCCAGCUGUUUGCUCGGCUGGCAAAGGAUUGUAAAGCAAGUGUCCAAAGAACCUUCCCAGCUCGGUGGCAAGCCAAUCCGGCCGGCAUCAGGAUGCCGAAGAAGAUGGGAAUCAACUCGAAAGCCGUCGAGGCCCGGGAACGGAAGGCGGAAGCUAAAAAGAUCGCCAGCGACAAGGCGGCCAAAGCGGCCGAAGAUUCUCUUUGGGUAGACGACGAUAAGCAGUUGGCGAAGAAAAAGAAACAGAAGGAAGAGGAUGACCGUCGCAAAGCGGAAGCCGCUCGGAAGAAGGCGGAAACGAAGGCUCUGCUGGAGGAGGAGAUGAACUCCAUCAAGACCACCGCGAAGGUAUCGGUGCAGAAGAUAACACGGUCACAGAUCGAUGCCGAAAUCGAGAAACGAAACCGAGCCAUCGAGACGGUCAGUAAUCACCCGCCUAAAGCGCCGAUCGAACCGAAACCGGUCCCGUUGGAGGAAAAUCUUAACCGUGUGAUGGCGAACACGGAAGUGGCACAAACUAUCGAUCAGGCCAUUGCGGUGCUGAGCGUGGGAGAAGCCGGCGGGGAUCGGCACCCGGAGAAGCGUAUGAAGGCGGCUUACAAGGCUUACGAAGAGGAGCAAUUGGUACGCCUGAAACAGGAUUAUCCAUCGCUCAAGCUGUCCCAGUUGAAGCAGAUGGUCUUCAAGAACUGGCAGAAAGCUCCAGAAAAUCCCAUGAACCAAAUUUGAACUUGUGGCUCGCGGUCGCACGUGUGAUUAAUGAAGCGCCUUUCAGUGAAGGGCAUCCACCAAGCCAAGUGAUUCUCGUGUGCAUAAGUUCAUCAAACCCGUUCGCGGUGGCAACUGUCGCAACGUGGAUUUUGAGCCGUCUGGAAGUGCGCCAUUGGAACGGCGGCGGCGGUUUAAUAAACAUGAGCUUCAUGUAUAAGCAAUGCAAUUACAGCUUUUAAUUGUAUUCCAAUUCUGAUCUGGUUUUGAAAUGUUUCUUAAAAUUCGAAAACCAGUGUUACAGAUCUUCAAUUUACCUGCAGUUGUAGAAUGUAGUUCUCCUUCUGCCGUUUCCCCGCGUACAGAGUUACUGUUCUGAAUCUUACAAAGCUACAAAAGCUUUCUUACUGGCUAGCGAAGGACUCAGCGUGUCAGAUUCCUUCCUUAUAGAUAACCUUCACUCUACCGUUUCCGCACACUUUCCGACACAUCGCUACAAAUUAAUGAAUCUCAUCUCAUCGAUGCCGCCGGAUCCUGUUCCG